UGUCCGUGCGUGCCGUUCGUCCGUCCCCCUGCCCGCCUCCCUCCCUCCCUCCCUCCCUUAAAGCCGGUGGGGCCGUGUCAGUAGCGCAGUGCGGGAGGCGGUUGCCGGCGGGGGGCGGGCGCCAUUUGCUCGGGCGCGGCUGAGGCGCUCCCGCCCCUCGGGCCCGGGCUGUCACCGCGUGAGGAGGAGCCGGAGCCGCCGGUGCCGCCGGUGCCGGUGCUGCCGCGGGGCGCCGCCAGCAUGUUUGACAGGACGCGGCUGCCCUUCGUGGCGCUGGACGUGGUCUGCGUGGUGCUGGCUGGCUUACCCCUUGGUGUUCUAAACUUGGCCAAAAUAAAACCGUAUCAGAGAGGCUUUUUCUGUAAUGAUGACAGCAUCAAGUAUCCGUUCCAUGACAGUACCAUCACAUCCACUGUCCUCUACACAGUGGGGUUCACCCUGCCCAUUUUCUCUAUAAUCCUAGGAGAGACUCUUUCUGUCUUUUAUAACAAUUUGCACUCAAAUUCAUUUGUCAGAAAUAACUACAUAGCCACUAUUUACAAAGCCAUUGGGACCUUCAUUUUUGGAGCAGCUGCUAGCCAGUCGUUGACGGACAUUGCCAAGUACGCCAUAGGCAGACUGCGCCCUCACUUCCUUGCUGUGUGCCAGCCUGACUGGACGCAGAUCAACUGCAGUCUGGGUUACAUUGAGAACUUCCCUUGCCAAGGAGAAAAAGCAAAAAUCAAUGAGGGAAGACUAUCGUUUUACUCUGGCCAUUCAUCAUUCUCCAUGUACUGCAUGCUCUUCCUAGCACUUUACCUUCAGGCCAGGAUGAAAGGAGACUGGGCAAGACUUGUACGUCCCACCCUACAAUUUGGUCUGAUUGCUGCAUCCAUCUACGUGGGUCUGUCACGUGUUUCUGACUACAAACACCAUUGGAGUGAUGUGUUAACAGGACUCAUACAGGGAGCGCUGGUAGCUAUACUCAUUGUUGUGUAUGUGUCUGACUUCUUCAAAGUGAGAGGAUGUACGUUUCAACCAAAAGAAGAUUCCCAUACAACCCUGCAUGAGACACCAACAAAUGGAAAUCACUUUGGCAGCAAUCAUCAACCAUGAAGAAUGAUCACUUCAACUGUCUUGGUCUCUGAAAGGAAAACAAUUUCACCAGUCAAUUAUGUAAUAUAAGUAAAUGCCUUUAAGGGACUGCUGCUGCUCUUGGAUGCUCACUUUUCCUGUAUAUAGUAACACUUACUACAGUUAUGUAUAUCUAAAAUUUAAAUUGCUGUUGGUUCAAGCUAUUGCUUAAAAAGAAAAACAAAAAACAAGCUAUUCAAACUGUAAAUUUUUAUUAAAAAUGUGGUAACACUUCUACAACAAACUGCUGUUUGUACAUGCCUUGUUGAAAUUAUUGUGGUUUAAAUACACACAAUUAAAACAAUGUCUUGACUGAA